UGACUUAAGGCCGAGGCCUCCCGGGACCGAGCCCGGCGGCCGCGGUGGUCCCCGGGACCCCGGGCGGGCGUUGGAAGCAGAGGCAGAAUAGUGAGGGGCCGCGAAAGGGAGUGAGGUGGGGGGAAGCAAGGCCCAGAGAGGAAGAAACAGCCUGGCAUGAGGGCACCUCGGGUUGGCCGGGGGUGGAGAUUUUAGUGUGUCUGGUUGCUUCUUGUUGUUUAGGGAAGUUUCCGACCACGGUAGGAUCAUCAGAUUGCGGUUCAAACUUUUACCACGGGGGUGGGGGUAGUGGUAGUGGUGGUUAAACAGUUCUGUCCUGGAUAUGGAACUUCCGCUGGCUCUAGGACCUUUCCAGGGGUUGCUGCUUUGGGAAGUUAGAGAUCUCCCUCUUUCGGUCAGUUCCUUCUUGACGUUUUAAUCCUGUUAAGAAAGAGGCCUUAUUUCACAUUUUAUGUGGCUUGGUUGACACUUUAUUAACACUUGGAUGUUGUAUAGCAAUGCUCUAUAAAUAUAUAGAGUAUACAGUUUCAUUUUAUUGGUAUUCCACGCCAAAGCAUUCCCCCAUAUCAACUGGUAACCUUGGACAGUUCCCUUGAAAAAAUGUUUUUUUUUUAUAAAGAGGACUGGGAAGGUGGGGUUGAGGAAAUGCAGGUGACUGUUGGCAACUCUUUUCCCUUCUAAGUUUCUUUCUCAGACUGCACCUUACAAGUGAACAUGGCAAGCUGUUAACUCUACCACCUCAUCAGUGACCUCAGUGUCCUCACUUCCAGUCUCUGAAGCUUUUGGAGCUCUGGAGUGAGUCAAGAAUUUUAACUGUCAGGCUGUGUUGGCAUUAUUUCUAUGGCAGGCAUAGCGUUUCUCCAGCAUCUAGCACACCUGGUUAAAUGCAUGGUUAUUGAAGGAGACUACAUACUUAUUCGAGGAACAAAGUAUUUUUCUAAAAUACUUAAAAAAGUAUUUAGAAUGUAAAAUUUGUUUGGUAAAUCAUUUCCUAACACUAAUUAGUAACCCUGUUUACUUUUUUUCCAUACAUACCUUUGCACCAGAUAGUUCUUUUCCUUUCUUUCGUAAAGCUUGCCUAUAAUAAUGAUCUUUAGCUCUGGUUUUGUGAUUCACUCCUUUCAAGGAAUGCCAUUGAAUUUGCCAAACAAAACUGACUUUAUUUCCAGAGUAUUUCCAAGUAUAUAGGGAAGGAGGGGUUGAAAAAUCAAAUCAGGACAGGAUCAGAGUUUCCACUUGUUUAUUCACACUGUUUGUAGAACAGAGGUCAAGCACUGCUUCUGAAAUGCCAUGCCAUGUCUUCGUGGUCAUAUAGGCCUUAUAUGUCUGGAUGCACAUGGAAGAGCCUGGGGAAUUAACCACAUAUACAUACAGGUGUGGAGCAGGCCCAGCAUCACCUGUCAUCUGGGGUAAAGGAAUUGCUCCCUCCAGCCUUAAACUCCUCUCAGUCCAUGUAUAAACAUGGACGCAUUGCCAGGGACACACGUGCAAAAACACCAUCUGCCACAGGUUGCAGAAUCAGAAAAUAAAACUGACCAAUUGCUAGGCACUGGGUUGUACAUUAAUUUCUUAAGUAAAUAACUCUAAAAAUAGGCUGUCCAGUGACUUUCUUUAUAGUUUAUACUUUUUUCAGACACACACAUCUAUGAAUUCUCCAUAAUGAAACCUCUGGACAAGGUCCAUGACCUGAGAAUUGAAAACAUUCAUGAAAUGCUAGAUGAGCCAACUCCCAGACCGCAACCGUAAAACCACGUCUUAUUAGUUUUCAUGUAAGAUAAUAAAUCAAGUUUUACCUAGUACCCAGAAAUUCAGUCUUUCUUAGGCCAGUAUGCAAAGUGAAUUCUGCAUUUUAUUUUCUGUGUUUUGUAGCCUUUAACAUGGAGGCUCGGAGUCCACUAUUAUAGCAAAAGUAAUGUGAAAGAAUGGAAAGUGUUGAUCAUCAGAAAGUGAGCCCUGGUUUUUUUUUUGGUUGUGGAAAUUUAGGAGAGUAUAUAAGUGGUGAGAAUGUCUUAGGAGUGUGUGAGGCUGCCGUAAUCUCUUGCUUGUAGGAAUUCUCAGCAAGGAGUCAGAAAUUUCACCUUUAUUAUAAUGAUAUGACUUAAUUUGAAUACCUUUUGUCUUUUCCUUGCUUUUAUUAAAAAAAUUUUUUGUGGAGUUAGUAAGCCUUUAAAAAUAAACUAAAGGAGGGCUGAUUUUAUUAUUAUUUUUAUUGUGCUUUAAGUGAAUUUACAGUUCAAGUUAGUUUCUCAUACAAAAAUGUAUACAUACAUUGUUAUGUGACCCUAGCUGCGCUCCCUGUAACGUGACAGGCCACCCCUCCUUUCCAUCCUGGCCGUGUCCAUUCAGCCAGCUCCUGUCCCUUUUCGCCUUCUUGCCUCUGGACAGGAGCUGCGCGUUUAGUUUCUGUAUGUGCUUGAGCUCAGAAGCACUUUCUUUGCGAGUAUCAUUUUAUGUCUUAUAGUCCAGUCUAAUCUUAGAAGAGUUGGCUUUGGGAAUGGGUUUCAGCUCUGGGCUUACAGAGAUUCUGGGGGCCAUGUCUUCUGGGGUCCCUCCAGUCUCAGUUACACCAUUAAGUCUGUUCUUUUUUACUAGCAUUUGAGUUCUGCACCCCACUCUUCUCCUGCUCUGUCAGGGAUUCUCUGUUGUGCUCCCUGUCAGAGCUGUCAUUGGUGGUAGCUGGGCACCAUCUAGUUCUUCUGGUCUCAGGCUGAUGGAGUCUCUGGUUUGUGUGGCCCUUUCUGUCUCUUGGGCUAGUAUUUUCCUUGUGUCUUUGGUGUUCUUCAUUCUCCUUUGCUCCAGGUGGGUUGGGACCAACUGAUGUAUCUUAUAUGGCUGGUUGCUAGCUUUUAAGACCCCAGACGAGGAGGGCUGAUUUUAGACGGACUUGGGACCAAUUUCAAUUGCUGAUGAUUGAGAAAAUCCCUUUUGUUAUUGUUUACCACUCUCCCCUUUGGCUCAUUGCUCCAGCCACCCCUGCCAUUCCUGUCUUUGAUACCUUCACCCCCGCUGUUCCCUUGGCCUAGAACACUCUUCCCUCAGAGCUUUACCUGCUCUUUCCUCACUUUCUUCUCUGCUUAAAUUUCACUUCUUCAGUGAGACCUUGCCCUUUGCUUUAUCCAGAGUAAGCUCUGUGAAUCCUGUUGAUAAUUUAUUUGUAAAUCAGUAAUUUUUUUGAAUAAAAAUCUGGAUAGAAAAUGAUGUAAAGAUAUAUUUAAUAGGAAAUACUCCUGGAUUGAGUAUGUUAACGGUUUUUCUGUUUUUGUUUGUUCAUGUUUUCUGAUUCUUUAAAUAUAUGCAUGAUUUACUUUUAGCAAUUACCAAAAAGAAGAAAAAAAAAAAAAGAAAGAAACCUUUCCAGAAAUUCAUUGAAUUUGAAGACUCUCAAGAACAGGAAAAAAAGGACUUACAGACUCGAGUGGAAUCUUUAGAAUCUCAAACAAGACAACUUGAACUCAAAGCAAAAAACUAUGCUGACCAGAUUAGCAGACUUGAAGAAAGAGAAGCAGAACUGAAGAAGGAAUAUAAUGCACUACAUCAGAGACACACUGAGAUGAUCCAUAAUUAUAUGGAACAUUUAGAAAGAACAAAACUUCAUCAGCUCUCGGGGAGUGAUCAACUAGAAUCCACAGCUCAUAGUAGAAUUAGAAAAGAACGCCCUAUAUCAUUAGGGCUUUUCUCAUUGCCUGCUGGAGAUGGAUUGCUUACACCUGACACUCAGAAGGGAGGCGAGACCCCUGGAUCAGAACAAUGGAAAUUUCAGGAUUUAAGUCAACCACGUUCUAAUACCAGCCUGAAGGAUGAACUUUCUGAUGUUAGCCAAGGAGGAUCUAAAGCUACCACUCCAGCAUCAACAGCUGCUUCAGAUGUGGCAACAAUUCCUACUGAUACUCCCUUAAAGGAGGAUAAUGAAGGGUUUGUGAAGGCUACAGAUAUACCAAAUAAGCCUGAGAUAAGCAAGCAUAUUGAAGUACAAGUAGCCCAAGAAACUAGAAAUGUAUCAACUGGCUCUGCUGAAAAUGAAGAGAAGUCGGAAGUUCAAGCAAUCAUUGAGUCCACUCCUGAGUUGGAUAUGGACAAAGAUCUCAGUGGAUACAAAGGCUCAAGCACUCCUACCAAAGGCAUAGAGAACAAAGCAUUUGAUCGCAAUACAGAAUCUCUCUUUGAAGAACUGUCUUCAGCUGGCUCAGGCCUAAUUGGAGAUGUGGAUGAAGGAGCAGAUUUACUAGGAAUGGGUCGCGAAGUUGAGAAUCUUAUUUUAGAAAAUACACAAUUGUUGGAAACCAAAAAUGCUUUGAAUGUGGUGAAGAAUGAUUUGAUAGCAAAAGUAGAUGAACUGACCUGUGAGAAAGAUGUGCUGCAAGGGGAACUGGAGGCUGUGAAACAAGCCAAACUAAAGCUAGAAGAAAAGAACAAAGAAUUGGAGGAAGAGCUUAGGAAAGCUCGCGCAGAAGCUGAAGAUGCAAGGCAAAAAGCAAAAGAUGAUGAUGAUAGCGAUAUUCCCACAGCACAGAGGAAGCGGUUUACUAGAGUAGAAAUGGCCCGAGUUCUGAUGGAGAGAAACCAGUAUAAAGAGAGAUUGAUGGAGCUUCAGGAAGCUGUUCGAUGGACAGAGAUGAUUCGGGCAUCAAGAGAAAAUCCAGCUAUGCAGGAAAAAAAAAGAUCAAGCAUUUGGCAGUUUUUCAGCCGACUUUUCAGCUCCUCAAGCAAUACUGCUAAGAAGCCUGAACCACCUGUUAACCUGAAGUACAAUGCACCAACCUCUCAUGUUACUCCUUCUGUCAAGAAAAGAAGCAGCACCUUGUCUCAGCUCCCAGGGGAUAAGUCCAAAGCCUUUGAUUUUCUUAGUGAAGAAAGCGAAGCUAGCUUAGCCUCACGCAGAGAGCAAAAGCGAGAACAGUACCGUCAGGUAAAGGCACAUGUCCAGAAAGAAGAUGGUAGAGUGCAGGCUUUUGGCUGGAGUCUGCCUCAGAAGUACAAGCAGGUAACCAAUGGUCAAGGGGAAAAUAAGAUGAAAAAUUUACCUGUGCCUGUCUAUCUGAGACCCCUAGAUGAAAAAGAUACAUCAAUGAAGCUAUGGUGUGCUGUUGGUGUCAAUUUAUCUGGCGGGAAGACCAGAGAUGGUGGUUCUGUUGUUGGAGCAAGUGUGUUUUACAAAGAUGUCACUGCUUUGGAUACAGAAGGCAGUAAACAGCGAAGUGCAUCUCAGAGUAGUUUGGAUAAGUUAGAUCAGGAACUUAAGGAACAGCAGAAGGAGUUAAGAAAUCAAGAAGAAUUAUCCAGCCUAGUCUGGAUCUGUACCAGCACUCAUUCAGCUACAAAAGUUAUCAUUAUUGAUGCCAUUCAGCCAGGCAACAUCCUAGACAGUUUCACUGUUUGCAACUCUCAUGUUCUGUGUAUUGCAAGUGUACCAGGAGCUCGAGAAACAGACUAUCCAGCAGGCGAAGAGAUUUCAGAGUCUGGUCAGGUAGACAGAGCGUCUUUAUGUGGAAGCAUGACAAGCAAUAGCUCAGCGGAAACAGACAGUCUAUUGGGAGGAAUCACAGUGGUUGGUUGUACCACAGAAGGUGUGACAGGAGCUGCCACUUCACCUAGCACCAAUGGUGCUUCUCCAGUGAUAGAAAAACCACCGGAAACGGAAGCAGAAAAUAGCGAGGUUGAUGAAAAUGUUCCAACAGCAGAAGAAGCAACUGAAGCCACAGAGGGCAAUGCAGGCUCAGCUGAAGAUGCCGUGGACAUCUCCCAAACUGGCGUGUAUACAGAGCAUGUCUUUACAGAUCCUUUGGGAGUUCAAAUCCCAGAAGACCUCUCCCCAGUGUAUCAGUCAAGUAGUGACUCAGAUGUGUAUAAAGAUCAACUAUCAAUAUUGCCAAAUGAACAAGACCUGGUGAGAGAGGAGGCCCAAAAAAUGAGCAGCCUUUCACCAACCAUGUGGCUUGGGGCUCAGAAUGGCUGUUUGUAUGUCCAUUCAUCUUUAGCCCAGUGGAGGAAAUGUCUCCAUUCCAUUAAACUUAAAGAUUCGAUUCUCAGUAUUGUACAUGUGAAAGGAAUUGUGUUAGUGGCACUAGCUGAUGGUACCCUUGCAAUCUUUCACAGAGGGGUUGACGGACAGUGGGAUUUGUCAAACUAUCACCUUUUAGACCUUGGACGGCCUCACCAUUCUAUCCGCUGCAUGACUGUGGUACAUGACAAAGUCUGGUGUGGCUAUCGGAACAAAAUCUAUGUGGUCCAGCCAAAGGCCAUGAAAAUAGAGAAAUCAUUUGAUGCACACCCCAGGAAGGAGAGCCAAGUGCGGCAGCUUGCAUGGGUGGGUGAUGGCGUAUGGGUCUCCAUUCGUUUGGAUUCCACACUCCGUCUCUAUCAUGCACACACUUACCAACACCUACAGGAUGUGGACAUUGAGCCUUAUGUAAGCAAAAUGUUAGGUACUGGAAAACUGGGCUUCUCUUUUGUGAGGAUCACAGCUCUUAUGGUGUCUUGUAAUCGUUUGUGGGUGGGGACAGGAAAUGGUGUCAUUAUCUCCAUCCCAUUGACAGAAACCGUAAUCCUCCACCAGGGACGUUUACUGGGGCUGAGGGCGAAUAAAACCUCAGGAGCACCAGGCAAUCGUCCUGGAAGUGUAAUCCGUGUAUAUGGUGACGAAAACAGUGAUAAAGUGACUCCAGGGACAUUUAUACCCUAUUGUUCAAUGGCUCAUGCACAGCUCUGCUUCCAUGGGCACCGGGAUGCUGUGAAAUUCUUUGUGGCAGUCCCAGGUCAAGUCAUCAGCCCACAAAGUGGCAGUAGUGGCACCGAUCUAGCAGCUGACAAAGCAGGUCCAUCAGCACAGGAGCCUGGCAGCCAGACGCCCUUGAAGUCUAUGCUGGUCAUCAGUGGAGGAGAGGGCUACAUUGACUUCCGCAUGGGUGAUGAAGGUGGAGAAUCAGAACUUCUCGGAGAGGAUCUUCCACUUGAACCUUCUGUCGCCAAAGCGGAAAGGAGUCAUUUGAUAGUGUGGCAAGUGAUGUAUGGCAGUGAGUGAGCCUGUAGGAAACAAAUGAAUGUGGGGAAGCCGUCUCUUCUGCAUGGUUUAUUUUUCCCUUUUCCCCUUUAUUUAAUGCUCUUUUUGUGAAAUAAGUUUCACCACAUGAUGUGUGAGCAUUUUUUCCCUGUUAACAAAAUCUGUCCCACCAUAACAAUACAGGAGCUAGCUGCUUUACUGCACCAGUGUUAUAGGCAGUUUCAGGACGUUAUGAACAAAUCAAAGAAUGUUUACUCGCUGCAAACUGGUGAACUACAGAAAGCAAUCCAGAUGUGGCUUACUCUGCCAUGGUCUAAUGUCACUCACUUCGUUUGAUGGGGCCACUUUUUAGCUGUCACUAAUAAUGAAAUUAAUGGAAAACACUUGAUGAAUUAAACUGUACCACUAAGUACUAUAGCAGAGUUUUCCCCAGUGUAUUAGGAAACUGACACAAACUAAUAUCAGAUGGUUUAUCAGGAUUUACCUAAAUGUCUUGAGAGAGCUAAAAGCUAACUAAAUGACGUUACCUUUCACUUUCAAAUCUGACAAAUCUUGUUUAUAUCGUAUAUAAAACUUUGUUUUCAUCAGAUUUGGGGGGGGUUUUAUAUUAAAGAAAUUAAGACGACACUAUUUAAAUAAAAGUUUCCUGUUUCUGACUUACUAGAGCUCGAAAGUCUAUGAGGCCUGCUUCUCUGAAUUUUUUUUUUUUUUUUUCCUUGAGACUAGACUCAUUUUCAUACUGACAUGUCUGGAAAGUUUAUUAUUUAUAAAGCUUAGAAGUUCCUCCUCAGCACUGGGAGGAUUUUUAAAAAGGAAAUUGUGUUUCGUAUUCCUCAUGCCAGAGGAUAGAGGUAGCUGGUUGAGUUUUUUUCCAUGUGAAAAUUCACCUGGUCACCAGCUGUUUCUGCACUGUUCUUACCUGUUAAUAAGAGUAAGUAAAGAUGUAGUGGUGAUGGAGCCCAGCCUAACCACCUGAAUGAGGGAAAUGACUAGAAAAGGUAUUUUUUCUGUUCUGUAUAAAACUAUAGAACAGCUAGUGCUUGGUAUUUUGUAUGUAGAUAACACAUUUAAGCUUUUGUGUCCUUUUGAGAUUAAAAUGCCAUCUUCAAAAGGGAAAACUUUUUAAGGGAUAAAAACAAAGAUAAAGUAAAGCCUGACAUUACAUCUUUUUACUCACAAUGCCCAUUUAAAAAAUAGAUUAGAAUCUAGUUUUAACUGAUUUUCUUGUUUAAUAAGUUUUUAAAAACACAAUGCUGCAAUUUUUUCCCUCUCAAGCUUCUUGCAAAUGUGUGAUUUACCAUUUCUUAUCCCUUACUUUAAGCAAAGCUAAAUAUAAAUUUAAGUGCUAUUUUUUUAAACAGAAACCUAUAAAAUAAAGCCCCUCCCCCUAAUCAUCAGAAAGAUUACUUCAAAAAAAGAAAGAAAACAAAUUGCCUAAGCAUUCUUAAGUACCAGGGAUUGUUUUUCUGGACUGUCAUGCAAAGAUAUUUGUAAAAAGUCCAUCAGUGACUUUUGUUCAUAUACAUGCUUAGGCUAGAAAAUACAUGGGAUUUAAUGAGCUGGAGGAGGCCUUUGGUUCCAUUUGGCCACAUGUGUCUAUAAGCACAUUGUGUACACAGUAAAACUAUGGCCACUUGAAAUGGCUAGGAGAAAAAACUCUUUUGGUGAAAGCUGCGUUGAAAAGAUACUUUUUUUGCUACAGCUACUUAGUCAUUUUUCUUCAGGGCACCAAAACUUAGACCACUUUUCCAUAGCUCGUUUGCUGUGUUUUCAUUUUAAGUCACAGGCAUUUUUGGCAGUACCUUAAAAAGCAUUAUUAAACAUUUAUUCAAAAUGUUGUAUAAGUUCACAAGAGAGAGACACCAAAGUGUUUGGGAAUUCUAAUCCCAAGAAGUAAACAUCCCAGAGUCAGACCCACUUGCUGUUGUUUCACCUUUUACAUGUUUGUAUGACCGAAUGUAAUUUGGGAAAUGAGGAGUUAAAGAUGAAAAAUGCAAACACAUUACAAUUGUUGUAAUUGUUCUUUUUAAACCUACUGGCUUUAAUUUAAGGGAUAUAGGUGUGUAGUUAUUUUAUCUAAAGAUGUCAGAGUAUCUGUGGCCCUGUUAUAUCGUUUCAGGGACCGGAAGGGAUUAAAACACCUGUACAGUUUUAACAGCUUGUACUUGGGUUUGUCAUUUCAGUUAAAUGUUUCCUUCAUAUUGCUUCAGCACCCCCUCACCCCCAAGAACGGGUUUAUAUUCUUGUAUUGUUUACCUUGGUCAAGGUGGUAGCCUUUCGGGGAAGAUGCCAAAAUGUAAGCUUUUGCAAGCAGCAAAGGGGGUGUAAACUGCCUGGAGCUACCAUGUCAGGGGCGGAGAAGAGGCUUGACUACCUAGGGUCGGUAUCUCUGUGUAAAAAAUUUUUACUCUUAUAGGAAGGAAGAAGGGAUACCCAAGGAUUCUCGUUUUGUUACACUUGGGUUAUGUCUGAGGCUGACCCAUAUGAAAUUGCCAAUAUUUGACUAUUGCUGAUCUACAAAAAAGGCAAUAUCAUAUGUGUCAACCCAAUACUUACUGUAAAUGCAGAUUAAAAUCCCUAUGAGGCAGAAGGAGAAUGUUCUCUACGAACUCAGUUUUGAGAGUGUUUUCUCUAACUCAUGUGGAUCUAAAUUUUUAAAAUAGGAACGAAUCUCUUAAUAGCUACAGCUGGUUGAGAAUAUAAAAUAUUUUGAGCACAAAAUAUGUAGCACAUAACUUUUCAGGUUAAGUGCAUUGCAUAGAAGAGGUUAAAACGCAGUCUCUCAGCUGCUGUGUUGUUCGUUCUCGUAGAGGUCUUCCUGUAUUUGAGAAUAGACCCUUUAACAUAGGCUGCCUUAGUAAAAAAAAAAAAAAAAAAAGAAACAAAAAA